AUGAAGUUCUCUACUCUUGCUUCCAUCAGCCUUACUGGCCUCACUGCUGUCUUGGCCGCACCAAGCGGUACUCAAGGCAACAAAGGCGCCGUCUUCGCCCUGACAAACGCUGUCAACAACGAAGUCAUUGCAUUCUCUCGCAACGAUGACGGCACUCUGGUCAAGACUGGAACCUACCCAACCGGCGGCCAUGGCCAGGGCGUCGACUUCGACACUCAGGGGGGCCUUCAACUCAGCGCUGACAACAGGUUCCUCUAUGCCGUCAACCCGGCCAACGACCAGGUCACCGUCUUCGAGGUGGAUGGAUCCAACCUCAAAAUGAUCCAGUCCAUCUAUGCUGGUGACCAGCCCCUGGCCAUCUCCCUGAGCAGCAACGGAUAUGCCUAUGUUCUUGAUGGCUCCGUCGCCUCCACGGGCAUCUUUGGAUUCAGGGUGAACAAUGCCACUGGCCUUCUUUCGCCCAUUACCAACUCCACCAUCGCCACUAGCAACCCCAUUGGUGUUCCAGGCACUGUUGCCUUUUCCCCCGAUGGCCACUCUCUCAUCGUCACCAACAAAGUCGGCAGCACCAUUGACAUCUUCACCGUGGGAUCCACUGGCCACGCAAGCCCAGCCCCUUUUACAUCAAUCGCAUCCAGCGGUCUCCGUCCCUUUGGCGCUGUCUUUGGCAAGUCCAAUCUUCUCUACGUUGUAGAGUCUGGUCUCCCUGCUCUAGGCAACGCCGGUCUGUCCACGUACCAACUGCAUGGCGGCCCGGCCCCCGUCCUGGAGCCCAUCACCAAGUCUGAGAAGAACCAACAGACGGACGGAUGCUGGGUGGUUGUCACCCCUGACGAAAAGUACGCUUACACUGCCAGCUUCGUCACCAGCGCCAUCUCCAGCUACUCUGUUGCUAAGAAUGGCACCGCCACCCUGAUCAAGGGUGAUGCCGCCCUCCCUGGUGAUGGAAGCGAGCCUGUCGAUCUUGCCCUUAGCAGUGACGGUACUUACCUUUACAACCUGCUCCGAGGCAGCGGCGCUAUUGCUGCAUGGAAGAUCCAGGCCGACGGCUCUCUCCAGUCGAUUGGUGGAUCUUUCGGCAAGGGUCAGGGCAUCCCGGUUGCAGACGGUGCUUCAGGCCUAGCCGCAUACUAA